AUGGGGCACUGCCGCAGCCCUAGCCCUAGCCCCCGGGGGCACGGAGGGAGAGAAGGGGCAGGAGGGAAAGGCAGUCGCAGUCCUGAUUUGAAGGGGAGAGGAGGGAGAAGCAGUGGCAGUUCUAGCCCUUGGGAGCGCGCAGGGAGAGGAGGGAGAAGCAGCGUUAGCCCUGGCCCAAGAGGGAGAGGAGGAGGGAAACACAGCAACAGCCCUGGGAGAGCGGAGGGGAGGCGUGACGGCGAGAGGAGGGCUGAGGGAAAGGGGAGGGUUGAGGGAGAGGGGAUUGGGGAAGGUGGUGUGAGAGGCAGAGGGCGCUCAGAUGAUUCUGAUUCGGAAGGGUCUGAUAAGCAGGGAGAUGGGGUGAAGGGGAAUGGCGAGGAGGAGAGAGGAGGGGAGAGGAAGAGGGCCAGACGUGGGUCCGAUGAGAUGGAUGAGGGGGAGGGUGGUGUGGGAGGUGGUUUGGGGGGGGUUCAGAGAGGUGGUGAGGGGUUGGUGGGGGGUGUUGGUGGUGAGAGAAGAGAUGGGGGUGAGGAUGAGAGAUGGAACGGGGACAGGGAGGGUGGUGAGAGUAGGCAUGGGCGCGUGGGAGGGAGAGAGAGUGGGAGCGAAAGUGGGAGUGGAAGUGAGGGGGGUAGUGGGAGUGGAGAGGAGAGGAAUGGGAGGAGACGAGGACGAGGCGAGAGGGAGCAGAAGCAGCAGGAGGAGGAGAAGGAGCUGAAGGAGAUUCGUCGAAUCGAGCGCGAGCAAGGUCUGCGGAAGGAGCUCCAGAGACGCAUGGCUGAAAAGAAAUCCCAAGGAUGA